AUCUCACAUUUCACAAGCGCCAACGAAGACGUCGCGAGUCGGUAUCCAGAGAUCCCUAUUCGCGGAAUAAGGAAAACAAACACGCGAGAUAAAACGUUGCAAUAAAACAUGAAUGGACUUGAUUAGGCGCACGCCAGUAUAUCAGUGUUGAACUUCACUCCAAACUGUGUAGUCCGCUUUGCCAUGGCCAACUCUCCGAUGUCCCACGGUUUGACUAAGUUUCUGGCACAGUUUGUGGCUGCCAUCUCAGGUCUUCUAAUCAUGUUGGCUGAGUAGCAUAGAUUUUGUUUUGAAAUCCAAAGGUGAUAAAUCUGGCAAUCUUGGGGGCCAUUCAAUGGCACCUCUUCUAUCAAUCCAUCGAUCUGGAAACGUCUGAUCUAAAUACUGUCGAACACGUCAUGUGUAAUGUGGUGGGGCACCAUCCUGUUGGAACAUCAACCAAUUCGCAAUGUACCGCCGAUCAUUCUGAUUUUCAAUUAUGGCUGUUAAUGCAGGAUCUAUGGCAUCUUCCAGUAGUUCCAAAUACAUUUCACCGGUCAAAUUUCCAGGUACCCUUUUCGCAAUAUCAGAUGGCAUGACCUACGGCUGGACAGCUCCUUUCAUCCCCUACCUUAUAAGCAAUGGAAGCCACAUCCACACUGACCAUGACGAAGCUCAAUGGUUGGAGAGCUCCCUCCUUUUCGGCUCAUUUUGCGGUCUACCAGCUACAAUAAUACUCGUGGACUACGUCGGAAGAAAGAAAUCUCUUCUACUAGCAUCCUUUACAGUACUCAUAGCUUGGAUUGCCAUAGCAUUCGGAGAUAGCAUGAUCUACAUCUUCAUCGCCAGGUUCUUCAAGGGAAUGGCUGGAAAUAUGGCGUUUGUUGCUGCGCCAAUGUAUAUAGCGGAGAUAGCUGAUCAGAGAAUUCGAGGUUUUCUCUCCAGUGUCAUCUAUAUCAUGAUGCUGUUUGGCUGCCUGAUAGUAUACUGUGUCGGACCGUAUCUCCCGUACUAUACGCCGUGUGUUAUUGGAGUCUCAGUAGCUGCAUUGGAGCUGCUGAUAUUCUCAUUUGUACCUGAAUCUCCACUGUAUCUAGUCACCAAAGGAAAGAUCGAAGAAGCCAGGAAGUCGUUGCAACAUUUCAAGCCUUACCUUGACGUAGACAAAGAACUCAAAGUCAUCACAGACGAGCUUGAAAGUCAAAAAGAACAAAAAGCAAAGUUAACUGAUCUCGUGACUGUGGCUAGCAAUAGAAAAGCUAUACUGAUCAUGACUGUACUCAAUGCUGGCCAGCAUCUUUGCGCGUACAGUGUCAUCUUGAUGAAUUUACAUUUGAUCUUGGAGGCUGCUGGUUCUAUCUACAUGGAUUCUUCAAUCGCAGCUAUACUUUUUGCUGCGUUGAUGUUGCUUGCUGCGGCGUUUGCGUCGUCUCAAAUAGACAAGUAUGGAAGAAAGGCGUUGCUUAUAUUCUCAAGCGUUCUCACUGGAGUGUGCCUUGUAGCUAUAGCUAUCUAUUUCCAUUUGAAGAUAAUAGGAGUUGACGUUUUGGCUGUAAGUUGGAUACCAAUAGCGUCAGUGAUGGUAUACGCAGCGGUAUUCAAGAUUGGCGUUGGUCUAGUGCCUAUAGUGAUAACAGCCGAGAUAUUCCCGACCAACCUCAAGACUAUUGGGAUGACUAUGUCAGAUGCUAUGUUUAUCAUUGGUGGAAUUCUUGCUAUCCAACUGUACCAGUGGAUGGUCAAGUUUGUUGGGCUGUAUGCCGCCUUCUAUUUCUUUGGAUCGUUUGCAUUUUUCAUAGCUAUUUUCACGAUAUUGUUUGUGCCAGAGACGAAAGGCAAGUCUCUAGAAGAGAUACAGUCUAUGUUAAGAGGUGAAAAGGUAAUCUAGUGUGAUGGAAACAGAAUGUGAUACAAAGGAGGAAAGAUAACUAGCUAACCGUUGAGAGAAACUUUUCCAGGAUGAGAUCGUAGACAUAUCUGGCUUAAUCUCUGUCAAGAGGAAGGGGUGUUUACUAGAUCUGUGAUUAUUCUUAUUUAAGGACUCGUGGAGACGGUGUUGAUCCUGAUUUGUCGUCGAAUAGUCGAGCAGCUCAUUUCAAAUAGUAGGUUAAGCAGUAUACAGUUAUUUAUUUUUUCAAUAAAUAUCAACAGUGAGAUUUUGUUUUACUUCGCCGUGCUUGUUAGGUAAAACAGUGUUCGUGGAUGAAAUAAUGGAAUUUGUUGACGUCCAUGGUUAACUAUAGAAAACUUUGUUAUUAAUCUUUAAUAAAAACGUCACUCAUUUCUUUCAA